CCGCUGGGUUCCCGCCCCGCUGCCGCUGCAGCCGGCGGCUGGCAGGCUGCCGUCCGCCGAGAUGGUUCACCACUCGGGCUCCAUCCAGUCCUUUCGGCAGCAAAAAGGUAUGAACACAAGCAAGAGUGAGACAGUGAAAGAGCAUCCAUUAAAACCCUCCAGAAGAUCUAUGCCAUGCCUAGCCCAGAGCCAAACACAUCCUCACAGUCUGAGCAAGCAUUCGUCAUUUCUGCAGCCAAACCGUGUGCAGCCCCAGCCUCAGCCUCUAAGUGCAGGGACAUCUACAGCUACAGUGGAUGUAGUGUCAGAACGAGCUAAAGUGAUGGAGACUUUGGAAAACAACUUGAUGAAGCUGUCUAAUACAGAGUACAGUGAUCCAUUUUUAGCCACAGGAAAGGACAAAGACACUUACACAGAUGAUUCAGAACAUGGAAAUUAUGGUGCUCGCACAGAUCAGUCUCUGCUCAUACAAAACAAGCUUACCAGGCAGAAAACAGAACCUCGGACUAAGUCUUCUUUAAAGGCUGAUGCCAUGGCAUCAUCAGGCCUCUUCUUCAAAGAUGGCAAAAAACGCAUUGAUUACAUCCUGGUCUACAAAAAGUCAAGCCCACAGGUAGAGAAAAGAAGCACAUUUGAGAAGAAUUUGAGAGCAGAGGGACUGAUGUUAGAACGAGAGCCAGCUGUUACAAACAGUGAUAUCAUGUUUGUUAAGAUUCACUGUCCGUGGGAGACACUGUGCAAGUAUGCAGAAAGGAUGAACAUCAGGAUGCCUUUCAGGAAAAAAUGUUAUUACACUGACUGGAGGAGCAAAACCAUGGGCAGUUUGCAGAGGAAUAUGAGAGAGCUGAAAAGUUGGUUGCCCAGAAACCCAAUGAAGCUUGAUAAGGAGGCCCUGCCUGAUCUGGAAGAAACGGAUUGCUACACAGCACCCUUUAGCCGGGCACGUAUCCACCACUUUACAAUAAACAACAAGGACAGCUUCUUCAGCAAUUCCACGAGAAGUAGAAUUGUGCAUCACAUGCUGCAGAGGACUAAGUAUGAAGAUGGAAAAUCCAAAAUGGGUAUUAAUAGGCUGCUAAAUAAUGGAACAUAUGAGGCUGCAUUUCCACCACAUGAGGGAAGCCACAAAAGCAGACAUCCCAUCAAAACACAUGGAGCCCAGAACCAUAGGCACCUCUUAUAUGAGCGGUGGGCACGGUGGGGAAUGUGGUACAAAUACCAACCUCUUGAUUUAAUCAGGCGAUAUUUUGGUGAGAAAAUUGGACUGUAUUUUGCCUGGUUGGGGUGGUACACUGGAAUGCUUAUUCCUGCUGCACUGGUUGGGCUCUUUGUUUUCCUUUAUGGAUUAUUUACAAUGGAUUCCAGCCAAGUAAGCAAAGAGAUCUGUGAGGCAAACGAAACCAUCAUGUGCCCUAUGUGUGAACGCAAUUGCACGCUGCAAAAACUCAAUGAGAGCUGCAUAUAUGCCAAGGUUACACAUCUGUUUGACAAUGGAGGGACUGUCUUCUUUGCUAUUUUCAUGGCAAUUUGGGCUACAGUCUUCCUCGAGUUCUGGAAGAGACGGAGAGCUGUAUUAACCUAUGACUGGGACCUGAUAGACUGGGAAGAUGAAGAGGAAGAGCUGCGGCCCCAGUUUGAAGCUAAAUAUUCCCAAGUGGAAAGAGUAAAUCCCAUCACAGGGAAACCAGAACCUUUUCAGCCUUUCCCUGAUAAGCUCAGUCGCCUGAUGGUGUCUGUCUCAGGAAUAUUCUUCAUGAUUUCGCUGGUCCUCACUGCAGUCUUUGCAGUCGUGGUGUACCGCCUGGUAGCCAUGGAGCAGUUUGCUUCUUUCAAGUGGUAUUUCAUCAAGAAGUAUUGGCAGUUUGCAACAUCUGGCACUGGAGUCUGCAUCAACUUUAUGAUCAUCAUGUCACUCAACGUUGUGUAUGAAAAGGUUGCCUAUCUACUGACAGACUUAGAGCACCCUAGAACAGAAUCUGAAUGGGAAAACAGCUUUGCCUUGAAAAUGUUCCUCUUCCAGUUUGUCAACUUGAACAGCUCCAUCUUCUACAUUGCCUUUUUUCUUGGCAGAUUUGCAGGCCGCCCAGGAAAGUACAACAAGCUUUUUAAUAGAUGGAGACUGGAAGAGUGUCACCCUAGUGGCUGCUUGAUUGAUCUGUGUUUGCAAAUGGGAGUUAUUAUGGUUUUAAAACAAAUGUGGAACAACUUCAUGGAACUGGGCUACCCUUUAUUACAGAAUUGGUGGUCACGGCGCAAAAUGAAGAGAGGAGGGCAAUUAAUGGAGCAAAAAAUUUCCCUGCCCCAGUGGGAAAAAGACUGGAAUCUGCAGCCAAUGAAUCUCCAUGGUUUAAUGGAUGAAUAUUUGGAGAUGGUUUUACAGUUUGGCUUUACCACCAUCUUCGUUGCUGCCUUCCCACUGGCACCUCUCCUGGCACUGCUCAACAAUAUCAUAGAAAUCAGGUUAGAUGCAUACAAGUUUGUCACGCAGUGGCGAAGACCCAUGCCUGCAAGAGCAACAGAUAUAGGGAUCUGGUAUGGGAUUCUGGAAGGAAUUGGAGUUCUGGCUGUCAUCACUAAUGCCUUUGUUAUUGCCAUUACUUCUGAUUACAUUCCACGCUUUGUCUAUGCAUACAAAUAUGGUCCUUGUACAGAUCAAGGUUACAGACAAGAAAAAUGCUUAAAAGGAUAUGUCAACAGCAGCUUGUCAGUUUUUGAUCUGAGUGAACUUGGGAUGGGAUACUCAGGUUACUGCCGAUAUAGAGAUUACAGAGCCCCACCAUGGAGUUCAACUCCAUAUGAAUUCACCUUGCAGUUCUGGCAUGUCCUGGCAGCACGGCUGGCCUUCAUCAUUGUAUUUGAGCACCUUGUUUUUGGAAUAAAGUCUUUCAUUGCCUACCUGAUUCCAGACAUGCCCAAAGACUUGUGUGACAGAAUGAGGAGAGAGAAAUACUUAGUCCAGGAAAUGAUGUAUGAGGCUGAACUGGAGCAUUUGCAGAGAGAAAGGAAAAAGAAUGGGAAGCAGUAUCACCAUGAAUGGCCUUAGUCACUACCAUGCUGCAACAAAAAGCACUGUUUGGAAAUGGAAGUUACAAAGUGAAGCCAGAGUCUGGCAUCAGCGUAUGAGAUUCCCGGUAUAUGUAUGUUCUUGCUUGGCUGUACAGUUGCAGGCUUUGGUGGGAACUGGAAAAUAGAUGUUUCCAAUGAAGAAAAUGAAAAGCCUUACUUGUAACUGGUCUGUGGUGAGCACCAAGGAGCACUGGCACUCAGGAAUGUGCAGACAGAUUAAAAGUUUGGGCACUCUGCUUUAUAAGAAGGCAACAAAUUUUCAUGCUGUUUGUGAAGACACUAACAGCGUCAGGAAAACAAAAUAUUACCUGUGAGCUUAUGCAGUAAGGGCAUGACUAAAACCAACUUACAUGAUAUCCACCACUACUACUACAGCUUCUGAUUGCUCAGCUCCAUCUAGAAUGCCUCUGAAGAAAAGAGCAAUUGUUGCCUUUGUGGCCAUAACUUGAUAUAAAUGAUCUUUCAGGCUUACUGUUUCGUCAGGUUUGUCCUAGUCUCUUGUUGAGAUUGUGGAUGUGGUCCUACCCUAAAAAUGGGGUCUAUGGCUGCUUAAUAUAUACUAUGCAGUUUUAAGAUUUGCACAUCAGUGUCAUUAAUUUAUCCUUCUCGUUGGAAACCAAAAAUUCUAAAUUCAAAGAGAAAAGAGCAGCACGAAGAGAACGCAUCACAGUACCCACAUUGCAGCUAUAUUUGAAAAUGACAUGGCUGUUGAAUUGUCUUUCCACUUUGGUGUGCAGAAAGGCCACCUCCACAAGCUUCCAGGGUGAAAGAACUGUCAUUUUCAUGCUCUGAUGUAGCAUGCAGAUGUCUUAACUGUGUUACUGUUCCCUUUGACCUGUCUGGGCAAUGAUUCCAUGACUUCACAGAAUGCUAACUUGAAAUAUCCUCAUGCAGUGACUUUGUCCUAGAUAUACAAUUAACUCUUUAUGGUAUGCAAGCUUAUGCAGAUAGAUAUCAGGCAUCCAGCAUAGCAUUGUGACUCGCUUGUUCAGGGAAAGAGAAGCAGAGCACUUUAGAACAAUGCUCUUCUUAUUGUAACAGUAAAUGUUCCAGUAAUGUGCACUUCUUUUAUUAGCCUAAAUAAGUCAAAGCAUGGGAGUUAGAUACAGGCAGGUGUGUAUAAAGGUUGUAUAUAACUUCACACACAUGCAGUGGUUACUUUUAGAUUUGUUUUUAUUAUUAUUUGUAUGCCUUCUUACAGUUUGGGGGGGUGGGUGCUUUUUGGAUAAAAUCACUAUAAAAAGUAUAUGUUCAUGUAAAGAACCAAAUGUCAGGGGUUUUGUGCAUAGAUCAGCAUUGCUUAUGGUUAUGGUCACAUUUUGGUGAUAAAACUGUCUGUUACUGACAUUUCGUGAUGCAGGACAAGGUAAGCACUUAAUUGAAGCAAGUGUGCAGCGUUCACUUGCAGAGAAGGGAGUGGAGAAACAGCUGCAAUCUUCCUGUUUCUCUUGCACAAUUUCAACUGAUGCUUCUCUAUAUCAGAUGAUAUAGAGAACCAAGGAUUCAACAAAGCACAGUAACUAUAAAAGCUGCACAUCUGAAUGUUACUUUAAGGGAUAAACAUGAAGCAAAACCACUGCUGACAGAUAUGAAAAGAUCUGAAUUGUUACUAUUUACAAUACCCUCUUGAAUCAGAAAGUCUGACUCCAGUAUUCACUUUCAUGUAUUAGCAGAGACAUUUUAUUUGAUUAUGUCAUGUAACAUUAAUUUUAAGAGUCAAGAGCCCAUCAAAGUGGGUGAGUCUGAUCUAUUUUAUCCAGGGGGCCUAACAUCAGACCUUAAGUCCUUUGGUCAUUUUACUAUAUCCAUGAGAUUUCUUCAUUAAUUCCAGCUCUUUGUGAGCAGACAAGGCAACCAUAACAGUAUCUACACUAUUGCACAGAGAAAGAAAGAAAUUGGAAGGUAUGGUCUAAUCAGAUGUAUGAGCAGUUAGUUCUGUCACAAAGGGCUGGUGGAACUCAGCUUCCCAUAAAUUGGAAAGACUCUCUUGGUUCUUUCAUAUUCUGGGUUGUGCAUUAAGUUUCUCAAAGAACCCUUAUCAGAAAUAAUUAAUGCCCUCUCCUCAAUACUUUCAGAAUCACAGCAUUUGAUUUAAUUUCUUGUCCCUCUGUUUCAUGCUGUGCAACACCAAGCACCAACUGACAUUAUUAACCCUGUGUCACAGCUUCUGUAUCUGUGCCAUGUACUGAUAGCACUUCAGUUCUUCUCAAGGUCACAGAUGAGCUCUCUUUUUUUUAAUGUCUUCUGUAACAACAAAAUGCCUUGGUUGGCCUGAGGUAUAAAAAGAUGCAGGAUAAAAUCAGGCAAAAAUUAGAUAUAAUGAUGGGUUAUUUUAUACCUUCCUGUUUCUGCUGUGGCUAUUAGCACGUGUCGAGACAUACUUAGGCAAAUUCCAAUUGGACUGAAAAAACCACACAAAACCAACCAAACAAAAAAAAACCCACCAAAAACAAAAUAAACCCAGAAGAAAUAAAACUUUUUUUGUAUCUGAGAUUUAAAUGUAUAUAUUGUUAAUGAUUUUAAGCACUGGUGUAUCAGAGUAUAUAUCGAAGGCGAGUACGUAGAGCUGACGUGGUGCGUUUUACACACUGGAAAAGCACAAGAGGUUUUUGGAGAAACACUGUGUGUGUUCCUUUAUUUUUGGAGGACAUCAACAAUGCCUAAAGGUUUUGCCACUGUCUAGCCAUUUGCUUAAGCUGAGAAAACCUUUUGCUAGCCUUUGUUUGGUAUGCUGUUUGCAUCGACUGCACGUUCUGUUGCUGACGUCUAAGGCACACACUGUCCUCAGGAGUAACGUAUUUGAUGAAUGGUGAAUGAUCUGUUCAUGUUCUAAGUAUUGUCUUUCCAACCAACCAACCAGGCAGUGCAUGCAAACUGCCUUUGUGAAACCUGACAAAGCUUUAGAACUUCAAUUUGUGCAAAAAUGCUUUGGGUCAUUGCAGAUCUAACCUAUGACAACUUCUGCUCUAUGCAUGCGCCCUUAAAGAGACUGCAUGAGCAACUGGAUAGUUUGAAAUACAAAGGAUUCGUCCAAAAUGUCUUAAUUAUUCCUAACCAAAUCCCUUGUCUUGUUUCAGACAAAAGAAAUUUCCAUUUCAGAAGCAGCACAAAGCCCAUCUCCAUUAUCCACAUCUCAUUGGGAAUGAUUUUUUUUGGUGCCUAAUGUGUGAGAUAUGAAUUCUGGUAACUAAAU